AUGAAGUUAAUCUUUGAAGAUAUUUGGAGAACAGAGAGUUUUCCAGAAGAGUGGAAAGUAGCUCUAAUUCACGCAUUACAUAAAAAAGAGGACAAACGGAACGAUGGUAUUUAUAAAGGCAUCUCUCUUCUGCAAACUGCAUACAAGGACAUAUUUGCAAAAUUUUUAGAUUUUAAAAAGGCAAUUGACUCUGUUGAUACAGAAAACUUAGGUAAAGCAAUACGUGAAUUUGGAGUAAAAAAUAAAUUGGCAAACUUAAUACGUGAAACACUCACUGACACGAUUUCAAAAAUAAAAUUUAUGGGUGAGAUAUCUAAUCCUAUUGAGAUAAAUACAGAUGUAAGGCAAGGUGAUGGUUUAUCUCCUCCUCCGUUCAACUGUGUUCUAAAAAUAAUUGGAAGAAUUACGAAGAUAAAGAUUAAAGAACAUAACAUUUCGCUAGUAACUUUGGGGGGAAAAAGCAAAGGCAUUGAAUUAUGUUGCCUAGCAUUUGCAGACGGUUUUGCCAAAAGAUAUUGGUGCAAUGGAAAAAAUAAAGAAAUUCAAAUACCUAGCAGAAUUAAUUCAACAAAUGGUUUAGAAAAAUCUGCAGUAGAAGAAAGGUUACGAAAGAUGGAAAUAGCGAAUGGUAUCACAAAGCAUUACGCUACAAUAGUAAAUCCGGAAUGCUUAUACGCGAGUGAUUGCUUGGUACUAAAUUAUAGAUUAGAUAAACUAGAAGUACUAGAAAGGAGAAUCAUGAGGAAAAUAUUAGGUCCAGUGAAAACAACAAAAGUAUGGAAUUUAAUAUCUAAUGACGACAUAUACAGGAACAAAGAAGACAUGACAGAAACGAUAAAGAAUGGAAGACUUCAAUUUUUUGGCUAUAUUUACAGAAUAGAUGAGUCCAGAUUAUCAAAAAGGAUACUCAUGUACCUUUGGGAGGAAAAGGCAACUACCAGCUGGAUUCAGGAGGUAAAGAAAGAUCUAGAAAGAAGUAAUUUAAGUGAGGAAGAAGUUAUAGUCAGAGAGAUUUCAAGAAAGAAGUUAUUAAAAAUGGAAGUAUUCCAAGCAAGAUUGAAGAAGUAA